UUCAACCAUGGAAAUGCGCCCCACCAGCCCCGAUCUCCUUCCCGGACUUGGUCGACUUUGUUAAUGCAAAAGAAUGAUGUCACUUUAACCAAAAGCAAGUCAGCCGUCUGAUGCAACUAGAUGACACCGAGGAUAUACUUGUUGCAUGUGGAUUGCGAGGGCUUAAAUUGGCUUACAUAGACAUUGUCUUCAUCAUAUUCGGGAUGAAACUUCCUACGUUGAAGGCUUGGUAGUAAGUGCUUUUGUUGAUAUACAGAUCUGUGGAAAUCGCAAACCGUGACGGAUAAACAUCUUCGAUUUUCUCUUGCGAACCACAGCAGCACAAACUCUUCACAAUCAUGGAUUUGUGGGAAGACUCUAAAACUACGAUGUUGUUGAUGGUAUCUGUGCUGACAUUCAUCGUAACAUGGUGGUGGACAAGGAAGAAAAAGAAGCCAAAGAAUCUUCCCCCAGGACCAAAGUCCUAUCCUCUUGUGGGAACAAUCUUCAGUUCUUCAAGUGAUUUAGAUUUUCUCAAAACCUUUGGCCGGCUGGCUAAGGAACACGGACCUGUGGUGAGGCUUGAGCUAGGAUUCACAAAGAUUUAUGCCAUCGUGCUGAAUACGCCCGAAAUGGUUAAGGAGGCGUUCGUUAAACAGGGGCACGUUUUCAGUCAUCGUCCAAGGAUGUACCUGGAUAAGAUUUUUAAUGAGCGCGAUGGAGAGUAUUUUGGGCUGAUUGGUACCGAUGGAGAACGCUGGAAAUCACAACGGAAGUUCGCAUUGACGACUCUGAGAGAUUUUGGUUUCGGAAAGAUGUCACUUGGAGACAAAAUACAAGAAGAAGUCGACGCUUUGAUUGACGAGAUUCUGCAGAGAGACGGAGCGGCGAUAGACCUCAAAUUCCUCCUCGUGCCCGCUGUCUCCAACAUCAUUCAUUCCAUUGUGUUUGGAUACAGGAACCAGUUCAACGAUCAAGAGUUUCAAACGUUUUUCAAGGCUCUAGAUGAAAUGUUUAAAGCGUCUGCGAAAGCUGGUAUCGUGAAUUCAUUCCCUUGGCUGCGCUUUCUUCCUGGAGACAUGUUUGGCUUCCAUACCAUGUUAAGCAAUUUGAAGAAAACUAGACAGUAUAUUCAGAAAAAGGUGCAUGCCCACAUGGAGUCGUAUAAUCCAAGCGAUCAUAAAUGCUAUGUUGACGUCUUUAUUGAGGCAAUGAAGUCUGAAGAAGGGAGAGGAGAACAGGCAAAUUUUUGCGAAAACCAACUCUUAGCGUCGGUAGUAGAUUUGUUCGUAGCUGGCACGGAGACAACAUCAACAACCCUGCAGUGGGCCUUGUUACUGCUCCUUGUACACGGAGACGUUCAGGAGAAGGUCCACGAAGAAUUGGACAGCGAAAUCGGGUCUCGCCGUAUUACGCUGAGUGAUCGCAGUAAGUUGCCGUACGUUCAAGCAACUUUAUUGGAGAUUCAGCGCUUUGCUUGUGUCACCCCAGUGGCAGUGGCCCAUCGCACUUGCGAAGAGACAGAGCUGAUGGGUUACACUAUUCCUGCCAAUUCCAUGGUUUUUGCUAAUCUGUUCACGAUAUUUCGAGACCCAACGCUGUGGAGAGACCCAGAGCUGUUUGAUCCAUCACGAUUUAUAGAUGAUAGUGGGGAAUGUGUGAAACCGGAAUAUUUGAUGCCGUUUUCUAUUGGACGAAGAGUGUGCCUAGGUGAGUCGUUAGCAAAAAUGGAGCUGUUUUUGUUUUUCGCCAACCUGUUGCAACGCUUCUCCUUCAAGGUACCUGAUGGCUCAGAUCCCCCAAGCACCAAGGGACAUCCUGCUAUAAUUCGAACUCCAGUGCAUUCAUUCAAGUUGGAGGCUCACAGACGAUGGUGAUGUAAGGGUGGGCAAAAUGAAGAGAACAUUAGAGAUGUCUAGUUGGAGAUAUAUAUCAUUGUCUAUUUAUAAAAUAUGUAUCCUUCUAGAUGUGUGGAUUUGAACAUUUAAUAUUUACUGGAAUAUUUCAUUCAACUUCCCAGUAGUCUAUACAAUAUUGGUCAAUCAGUAACAUUGCUGCUUUGUUUAAAUAGAUUACGAAUAUAUAGGUGAAUAAAGUUAA